AUGGUCAUGGGGAUCCUGUUUGCUCUCAAGUGCCAGUACAAGACGGAGAUGGUGAUGAGGUUGGCGGCCCUCAUCGAGGACUGGGAUACAGCGCGUGCGCUCAAAAUCCGAAGGGGCUACAGGGGCCUGAACGACGCAGGCCAGCCGACAAUGCUGGAUGUGACGGAGAUCCCUUCCCAAAAGUGGGAGAGCGUUUCGGACCAGACUGUGAUCAGGUGCUGGCUCAAGGCCACCAUUCUUCCUGGGGAGCACGAGAGCGCGCUCAAGGACAAAGACACGCGGUUGGACCAAGAAGACCCGGGGGCGGCCUCCCUGGACGACCUGUGCGAUAUGGUCGAGAAGAUGUCCAUGGCGGAGAGUGCCAAGGACCUGGACGCUAGGUCUCAGCCGCGAGUGUUGACGGAAAACUUGUUCGUCGAGAGCGCCUCUGGCCUCACAGGAGAAGAAGUGCGCAGCGCAAUGCGCACUUGGCUUAGUGUAGAGGACGAUGAAGAGGUCUUGAGGGAUGAGGUAGAACUCCAUUGGAAGAGGUAACGGAGAACAUGUCAAACGUACACGUCGAGGAGGACAUGUCCAGUGAAGAGGAAGGCGAUCACGGUAGGCCAGUCGUGCAUAAAUCUACGAUUUCAGAGGGCGAGGUUUGCUCUCGUCUUGAAAAUGUCCGCUCUUACUUGUACACACAUGAAAGAGACGGCGAGUACAGCGAAACGGCGUACCUUCUUUCAAAGAAUGUGCAUUCGUUUACUCAUGAAACUCAGGUCAAGCGAAGAGCAAAGGAGGGUGGGGAGGUGCAGCCGACUGUUCGGGAUAUGUGGUGGGUGUAGUUUUUGGUUUCGAGAGCAAAGCACUUUUAUUGCCAACGUUCGUUGUUCGCCUUGGGUGAAGUCUCGUGAGGUUGAAUUUGGCGUUUGUGUUGUGUUGUGCCUCGUUUUGACCUUUUGGGAGGCGCGGUGUACUCUUUGUCGCUGUGCUAUCCCGACAUCUUUGGUCUCUGUGGUUCUGCGUAACCUACAUUUUCCUAGUGUCGUUUUACAACCUUCGAUAUUUCUCAGGUGCGGUAGCGAGAUCUUGGGCAAGAUAUUCACGGGGAGGACAACACCUAAAAAAUAAAUAAAGCAAAUAAUUAAGCCCAUAUCAACACCAGCGCACUACCGUCGUGUACAUGUACGAUGCGUAGGUCGUAGAACACCAUCGCUUUCAGCGUUUUGGUCGUACAGUAUGGGGAAAUUCAAGCGAUGGUAUGCAAGUAUGUACUGCAGCAUAAUAGCAGCAGUGGUUGCGACCUUCAAAUCACCUUGUGUCGUAGGUUUNACCUAAAAAAUAAAUAAAGCAAAUAAUUAAGCCCAUAUCAACACCAGCGCACUACCGUCGUGUACAUGUACGAUGCGUAGGUCGUAGAACACCAUCGCUUUCAGCGUUUUGGUGGUACAGUACNAUGACGUAUGUUCCGCCUUCAUUGCCCCCGGGGAUGGUGCGCUAGUGGCCCCGGAAUUUUAAAGACACUUCCCCGCGUUAAAUGACACUUUUUUGGGGGGGGGAAACGUGGUGUCUUUAAAGCGGGAUCGACUGUAAAUUUAACGAACAUAUCCCCAGGGAGUUUCGCCUCAAAAGCGCCAACGAGGCAUUAUGGGAGUACAAGACGCAGUUGACCACACCGGACCUCGCUAUGCGGACACAUCUUCGAGUCAUCUAUGGGAAAUCACGAUCAAGCCGUCGUUUCAUAGACUAGAAGCGCCUCGCGGUUGCUAUUGCAGUUGAAGUGCCCGCAGGGCAGUUAGACUAUUGGGGUAGUCUUUGGAUGUGUGCUCAGUCGCCCAUGGCUUUGCGGGCGGUUUUGGCCUUACAGUAUAUGCAACAGCAACGAGCCCUGUACCUGAGAAACAUGCCGCAUUCUCCCAGAAUAGGAAGGUCUUGCCGGGUGCGAUUAGCUUGGUGAAGUUUCAAGGAUGGGGAGCAGCGGUGGUGGUGCGUGACGACUGGGGUAGAGUAUCAUCAAGGUGGCGAGUAAACACGACUUUGUACAUACUUUGCCUGUACGCCGGUACGCUGUAUGCAUAGACUAGUCUAUGUAGCUGCCUGUGUGCAAAAGCACCUGUCGGCGAGAUUCGGAUCGGCUACGGGACAUGCACCCUCGCUCCUGGGUAAUCAACUAUAUUGUCACAGUCCAAAGUUCCGUGUUGGUUUUGUGUGAUGACGUCGUCACCGGUUUUGUAGAGAUAUCCGUCAGAGAUGGCGUGGCUAACCCGGGUGCCUUGGUUUUGUGCCUGAUCGUGGAAGACCCCUUCAAUGUGGAACGAUUCUUAGCUACUGUCGAUAUUUUUCACUGCAGUGCCUAACACAGACGAUCGGGAGAGAUUCGGAUGAUUGUCAAUUGCUGCUAUGAUGGCCUUGGUUGGUUGUUCUUUUUCACUGUACGGCCGCAGACACAUUCUGACAGCACUUCAGACAGCAGUAUGCUGUAGACUAGUCGGCAAUCUUCCGUUUUGGUAUACAGUGGGACAGGGAGGGGGUGAUGCUACUGUAGUCGAACGGAGGGACGGACGUGCAGUUCAGUUUUUGGGCACGCAUACGGUGCUGCAGGGAUUUUUAGGUGUACCUCUUCGGGCUCUUGGAUACCUUUUUCUCGUUAUAUGUGUGCGUGUUCUUUAGAUCCU